AUGCACAAGGUCGUUGUAACCGGUCCGCCGGCGCAGCCUCCGCAACUCCCUUUCAGGCUGUAUUGGUCAACGAUAUGCGAAUUGAAUUAUAAGCGUGGGGAAACACUGGGCCUUCAACUUGCCCAACCUGAUGUCAUCAACAAGCUGAUCCGGAAGUGUUGGUUUCUCCAAAAAAAAUGCAGCAGCUCACUGAAGCGUGGAUUGAAGAAUGGGGAAUUCACAAGAAGAUAUUCAAGAUCAUACGAAGCAUGCCGUGUCGUUGUCAAGCGUUUAGGGGCUCAAGGAGGCCACACACGUACUGAGUCCUAA